AUGAAGUCUCACUGGCUGAUAUUAUGGUCGCUGUGGGCAGCUCGACUUGUACGGCAACCAACAUUGCCUGUGCGAAUAUCGAGUGGCCUUGUCCGCGGCAGCCUGGCAGCUGAUGGAUCACAUGUCAGCUAUCUAGGUCUACCCUAUGCUUCAUAUCAAAAUAGGUUUCAGACUUCUCAGCCAUCUGCAGAAUGGGACGGUGUAUUCGAAGCUACAGAGGAACAUAUACGAUGCUCUCAGAGAUUUUCCAACACUUGGAUAAACGGCCAAGAAGACUGUCUCACUCUAAAUGUCUAUACUCCGAUACAAACUCUGACAUCAGCGAAACUGCUGCCAGUUAUGGUUUUCAUUCAUGGCGGAGGAUACAGAGAUGGUUCUGGUUCUCCUUUUCUUUACGGACCUGAUUAUUUAAUACGUCACGGAGUGAUACUAGUCACUUUUAACUACAGACUUGAAGUACUAGGAUUUCUUUGCUUGGGUAUAAAAGACGCAUCUGGUAACAUGGGCCUGAAAGAUCAGGUGCAAGCACUGCGCUGGGUUAAAGAAAAUAUAAGAGCAUUUGGAGGAGACCCCAAUCAAGUGACUCUGUUUGGAGAGAGUGCCGGCUCAUCUUCAGUACUAUAUCAUAUCGUCUCUCCUUUAUCUACGGGUUUAUUUCACAGAGCAAUAAUGCAAAGUGGUUCCGCCAUGUCACCCUGGAGUUUACAGUUUGAACCAUUUAAAACGGCUUCACGUUUAGCUCAUCAAAUUGGAUAUAAAUUAGAAGAUCCUAGCGAAAUUCUUAAAUUACUAUCAAAAAUGUCCGUCAAAGAUUUAUUAUCCACUCGCGUUCCAAGAGCGAAGGGUGACGUCAUAUUGUCAGAAAAUAUAUUUGUCCCGUGUAUUGAAAACAAUAAUCUCGAUGAAGAAAAAUUCCUAACCGAUUCCCCGUAUAAUUUAAUUUCGAAAGGUCAAUUUAACAAAGUUCCAAUAAUAAUGGGUUAUAACAACGCCGAGGGCUAUAUGUUUAUUGGAAAAGAAAAUAAGACUACUUUGGAGACAUUCAAUUUUUACGACGCAUUACCGAGAGAUUUAGAAUUUCCGUUAGCAUCAGAAAAACAUGUCGUAGCUAAAAAAAUGGAAAACCAAUAUUAUAAGAGAAAAGAUUUUGGAAAUGAUAAACUGAUUAAAGUAGCGAAAUACGAAGGUGACUCUGGAAUUGUAUAUCCAGUAACAGCGACAAUAGAAUUACUUUCAAAUGGUAUGAAGUAUCCGGUGUAUGCUUAUAAGUUUUGUUACGAUGGAUGGAUGAAUCUUAUCAAAAUGUUGUUCAGGCUUUGGAAGUAUCCUGGAGCGACGCAUGCUGAUGAUUUAUUUUACAUAUUUAAAGUGAAGGCGACGCUUCCACAAUCAUUUAUAGAAAAGAGUAUUAUUGACAGAAUGGCAUUAAUGUGGACUAACUUCGCCAAGAAUCCAACUCCUGGGAAUCAAAAGCAACUACCGAAAAAAUGGAAUUCAAUUAAUAGAAAAAAACCUCAACUAAUUAUCAUAGACAAGGAGUUCUCCUCAGCAGGUCUGUGGGAUGACGAAGAUUUAAGAAUUUGGAAUGAAACCUACUCCAAAUACAGAAGAAGAAAAUAA